AUGGAACGGCCGGCUGAUAACGGCGAAGAGCCUCGGGCUAAUGUGGAGGUGCAGGACAACGCGCUGGAGCACGAGGAAGACUCAGCAUACUCCGAAGGCGACGUCGAGAGCUACACGACAUCCCUCCGCUCCAGCGUGGAGAACUACAAGAUCGAGCACGGCCGCCGCUACCACAGCUUCAAGGAAGGGCGCUACCUGUUCCCCAACGACGAGCAGGAGCAGGAGCGCUACGACCUGAUGCACCAUAUCCUCGUGCGCUCCAUCGGCGACAAGCUGUUCCUGGCGCCCGCGUCGACCGAGGGGACCCGGAUCUUGGAUUUGGGCACCGGCUCUGGGGGGUGGGCUGUUGAUGUUGCGGAUAUGUAUCCGGCGGCUGAAGUCGUUGGCAACGACCUUAGCCCCAUACAGCCGCGCUGGGUACCGCCAAACCUCACGUUUGAGGUAGACGACUUCGAGAGCGAAUGGAGUUUCGACCGGCCCUUCGACUUCAUUCACGCCCGCUACAUCUGCGGCUCGGUCGCGGACUGGCCGAAGCUGAUGCGACAGGCCUACGACAACCUCAAGCCCGGCGGCUACGUCGAGUUCCAAGACUACGACAUGCGCAACUUCACGCAAGACGACUCACUUUCGGAGAAUAACCAAGUGGCGCACCUCUUCGACCUGCUGAUCGAGGCCGCCGACAAGAUGGGCCGCACCGCCAACCCAGGCAUCCACCUGCGCGAGUGGGUCGAGCAGGCCGGCUUCGAGAACGUGCGGGACGAGGUGUUUUUGAUCCCGUUGGGGGCGUGGCCUAGGGAUGCGAGGAUGAAAGAAAUCGGCACCAUCAACAUGGUGCAGUUCCUCGACGGCCUCGAAGGCUUCACCAUGGCCAUGUUCACCAAGAUCCUCGGCUGGUCCGUCGAAGAGAUCCAGGUUCUGCUCGCGGGCGUCCGGAAAGAUGCCAUGAGGAAGGAUGUGCAUAUGCUGCAUAGAUUGUAA